AUGCUAGAUCCACCAACCUUCAGUCUCGGGUUGACAGCUUCAGAUGAGGAGAAAGGGAAUGCUUCAUCAUCUGGUGCUGAGGCAAAUGUAAAGCAUAAAGGAAAGGGAAAAAAAGAUGAGAAGAAAGUAAGUGAUAAAGUGAGGAAAGAUAACGAUGCCGAUCCAAGAUUGAGGCACAAGCUUAGCAUACCUAAGGUGUACGACAUUAUGCAAUUGAUAGAAGGAAAAAGAAGGAAAGAUCAGAUAGUUAAGGAACUUACCGAAUGUGGCUUUGGAGGAAUGAGGUAUAUAUGUAAUUGGACAAAGAUUCCUACCUUCUUUGUGGAUUGGAUAGUAAAAAGCUUUGAAAAAGAGCACAUGUGGAUUAGACUGACAAAGACAAAGGUACUCCCUUUGAGAGAUGAUGAUGUACAUCGAGUGUAUGAUCUACCAAUGGCGGGGAAGGAAAUUAACUUGGAUCUUUGUUCUGAUGGAGCUAUAAGGAGACUAAGAAGAGAAUUAGGAUUGGGUGGGGAUAGUUCUCCACAUGUGAAGGUGAGUGAUUUGGAAAGCAAAUUGAAGACGAUCGAGCAUCCAAAAGCAUGGGUUAAAGGGGCAAUCUGUUAUAUCAUUCACAAUAUUUUGUGCCCCACUAAUCAUAGUGGUGUAUCACUACAAUAUGCACAAAUAUUGGAGGAUCCAGCCGGCGUGUCAUCGUACAAUUGGUGUUCAUAUGUUCUUCAAUAUAUGAAAGAUGGUUUACAAAAUCCGAUUGUUGCAAAUCCAUUAGCCGACUUCCAUUUCCUCAUGAUUAAUUAUAUGGAAAAGAUGGGGAAGAAAAGCCCAUUUCUGACCGGGAGAUACAAACGACCCUCACUUCGUGAUUGGGACGUAAAGACGGCAACCCAAGAUAUUCAAAAGGUCCACGACGUUAUGGGACUCGAGUAUGGAUUGACAGCCGGUGUAACCACAUUGAACAACACUGAUGAAGUGCCACUCGUGCUAUGCUUUGAUGCAGAUACUUGUCCAUUGUCUGCGGCACCGAUGCAUCUUAAUCACUAUAGGUCCUGUAUAAUGAUCUACAAUAGAGCUGCUGAAAUAUUGGAAAGAAGGUUAGCUGAGGGUAAAGAUGGGGCAGCUGAACAAAAAGUUGGAAAUGAGCAGGCAAAUAUUGAUGAGGGAAAUGUUAGGAAACAAGGUCUAAGAUAUAAAUCAUCAGCUAACAGAAGAAAAGUAAUUCCCAAUGUAGAAGAUGAGGAAGCAGAUGAUGGACAAGGACAACAACCACCAGUCUCUGGUACACAAGAAACAAUACGGCAGUAUCCACAAUAUUUUGAUGCAGGGAUGGAGAAGAAGGGUGAGAAAAAUGAUGAAAAGAAGGAUGAGAAGGAUGACAAGAAGGAUGAGAAAACUGAUGAAAAGAAACAUGAGAAGAAGGAUGAUAAGAAGGGUGAGAAAAAUGAUGACAAGAAGGAUGUGAAGGAUGACAAGAAGGAUGAGAAGGAUGACAAGAAGGCUGAGAAAACUGAUGAAAAGAAACAUGAGAAGAAGGAUGUCGGAUGUGGAGCUGAUGACGGAAAUGUUGGUAAAAAAAGUCUAAGGUAUAAAGCAUCAGUUAAAAGAAGAAACAAUACUGCAGAUGAUGAGGAAGCAGAUGAUGGGCAAGGACCACAACCACCACUCUCUGUUACACAAGAAACAAUACUGCAGUAUCCACAAUAUUUUGAUGCAUCAUCAGAAUACUGUAAAGAAGUUGUAGAGUAA